ACUCGCCGCGGACACAGGCGGAACCAUACAGCGAAUUAAAUGAUCUCACCCGGAACUCAUUAUAUGGAACACCAAGGACCAGAUUGUAAACACAAGCGGGAAACUUGAGUGUAAACGUUCGUAUCGGGAGCCAUAGUUGUUAAAAGUUGUGUAACACUGGAGAGUGAGACAUGGCAGACAUUUUAACGCUUGUUUUUAGGACUUUUCUGUCCCGGACGGGUUUAAAGAAGGACCAGAAAGCGAGUCCCGUGUCAGCUACAGCCGGCAGCAGCGCCCUGGUGCUCGGAGACCUGAGCAUCAGCCGCUCUCUGCUGCUGCUGGCGGCCGUGACAGGCGCCUCGGAGAUGGGGAUGAAGGUCGUGUUCUUCACCCGGACACAGAUUCAGAGUCUCCCGGUGUCUCUGCAGAGAUGUGUCCCCAGCCUGAGUCCAGAGAGUCUCAAGAAAAUAAAGUUUUCUUAUCCCAGGACAGUGGACGAGCUCCUCCAGCAGGUGGCCGAACUUCACGAGUCCUCCAACACGUCCCCCACCCCUCCCUCACUGAUCAUAGUGGACAGAUUAGAGGGAUUCCUGCACGCUCCCGGCAACGACGGCCAGAGCGGAUUUCACCCAGCGGACCAGUCCCACGCUGCACACGUGUCUGCGUUGCUCUGCGACACCGCCACCUUCCUAACGCAGGUCCUGGAGCAGCGGGGGUCCAGCUCGGGCCCCUGUCGCAUCAUCGCGUCCUACUUGUCAGAGGCGGACACUGGACAAACCAGCAGCAAAGAUCCCUCUGCCACUGAUCCCACCCUGGACGUCCUCGACCGCUAUUUCCAGGUGCGCUGCACUCUGGAUCAGGACCGAGGCUACGAAGCCGCUGCAGCUGCAGUGCAGGAGGUGUGGCACAUUUACCUUUCUGGGAGAGGAAUCACAGGCGGCUCAGAGACCACAGACUGCGAGGACACUCCAGGUGUGACCCAAGAGUGGCUGCUCUUCGUUUUUCCCGACGGUCUAAUGGAGUUUAAGUUGGUUUGAAAAGACUUAAAAGAACCACUAAUAGAAACUACUAUGCUACGAUGUCAUGUGUCAUAACCAGUGUUUUACUGAGCUUCACCAUUAACGGGGAACACUGGAAUCUGCUGUUCUCUCUCUCAGAUAUCCAUUAACACAACAGUUCUGCACAUACUGUGUUUAAUUAUUUGUAAUUUUUAAUGACAUAAAGGUUUGACAACAUAUAAGUUCAAUAUAACGUGGAAAAAUUACAUGAACACUUUGGCUCAAGGAGCCUGAAAACUAGGUUUAUCCUCCUUAAAAGGGUAAAAGUCUGAAGUAUAUAUUGUACAUUUUAUAUAGAAUAUUUGUUUUUUUAAACAUUGUGUGUGAAAUUGUGGACUUCAGUGGCUGAUAUCACAGGUAAAGAGUUUAACAAAUAUACAAAAACACUAAAAAAAUUUGAGACUAUAUAUAUACAUACACAUAUAUAUACACACACGUGUGUGUACUCCUGAAUACAAAACAAAUAAAUGAUAGUAAGUCACCAUUUUACUGAUAAAACUAAGACUUUAUCUUAAAAUAUAUGUUGCAUAAUAGGAAUAAGAGAAAUGUACAUUUUCACACCAUAUUUUUUUUUAUACAAAAAUAGAAAUUAACAAAGUUUAACUACAUUUCAUUUAGAUAUUUUUUUGUCCUACCUCCAGAACACGAAUAAAACGUAUGGCAAUUUAAAUGUCUUGCACAGAAAUGCCUUACAUGUUGUGCUCAUCAGAUGGCAGUUAUGGCUUAAAUAAACUCUUAAACAUGAUAAGAAAGUAACUCACCAACAACUACAGUUACCUGAGAAUAGAUAUUGCCUUAAAACCUUUCUGCACAGCCUACAGUAGUAGUAGUGGUAGUUGUUUAAUUAUUCCAGGAUCCCGUGUUUGGGAAAUUACAUCAACGUAUUGGUUUGAUUCCUCUGUGAAACAGCUGUUAAAACAUCAACAAGAAGACAUGCUAUAUACAAAUACAGUGAGUUUAAGAUUUUUGAGCAUCUACAAAAUCCACAAGAAGAAUAAAACUCCAGCAUUCUUCCUGGAUUUUCCUAAUGUGUCAACCACUAUUCAGGAGAAUUGUCAUGAAUCUGGACAUUUAUGGAAAAUCACAUUGAGAAGUGUAGCUCCAUAGUAAGAUCAAGCAUUUUAUUUAUUCAGUAUUUUGGGUUUACAGACCUUCAAAACUAAUGGUGUUCCUAUAGUCGACAUGGCCAUAAGCCAGUUUUCCACUGUUGGAACUUUCUCCUCGGACUAGAAACCCUCUUAUACCUGCAUGGACCAAGGCCUAAAAGUUUAGAUCUGAGGAAAUUAUUUCACCCCACAAAAAAUCGAUUUCCACCGCUAUUUUUAGGAGUCUGUAGCUGUCUGUAGAGUAAAGUUCCUGGGACUAAAAGUUCUUAGUGCUUUGGUUGGAACCACAGCUGUAGUUUGUAUUUAGAGAACCAAAAAACGGAUGUUUGUGCUAAACUAAGACGUUGAAAAGAAUAUUUAUUACCUGAUGAACAUUGACAUUAUCACUGUUAGCAUGCUGAUGUGACAUUAAAGCUAAACAAAGCAUGCUGCUAGCAUAACCCUACACUCUUAGACUGAUGUAUAGCACCGGUGAACGCUACUACACAUCAGGCUUUAGAUACUUGUAAAAGUCUUUUAUUGGAAUUGGCUGAUAAUAAUAAUAAUAAUAAUAAUAAU